CUGUUAAUCUCCCACAAAGCAGCUGACCAGAUACUGUACUUGCGCCUGAAAAGAAGCAAUUCCUCGUUUUCCUAGGGUGUCGCCACAAUGCAGUCCCUAGUUGUCCAUAGAUCGACCUCUGGUGCAACACGGCGCAGCUGUGUGGCGCCAGCGCGCGUGCCUCGGCUCGCGGUGCCUGUGCGCGCUUCGGCUGAGCCUGCCGCGCCCAAGCCGAAGCCGAAGGCGCCUCAGCAGAUGCUGGUGUACUCGCCGCCCCACCCGCUCAUCAAGCACUGGCUCGCCAUCCUGCGCUCCAACUUCACGCCGCCGCCCAUGUUCCGCUCGGCGUGUGCGGAGCUGGGUCGGCUGCUGAUCUAUGAGGCCAUGCGCGAGUUCCAGCCCACCAUGGAGCAGCAGGUGGAGACGCCGCUGGGCGCCAUUGCCGACGCCACCAUCUGCGACCCCGACCAGCCCAUCAAGGUUAUCCCCAUCCUGCGUGCGGGUCUCGUGCUGCUGGAGCAGGCGCAGCAGGUCCUGCCCUUCCACCAGACCUACCACGUGGGCUACGUGCGCGACCCCGCCACUCUGCAGGCCACGGCCUAUUUGAACAAGCUGCCUGCCAAGUUGGCGCCCACCGACCUGUUCCUCAUCACGGACCCCAUGCUGGCCACCGGGGGGACCAUCGUGAUUGAGGACAUCGUGGCUCGCGGCGGCCGGGCCGAGAACAUCCGCGUGGUGGCGGUGGUGGUGGCGCCGCCCGCACUCAAGAAGCUGGCGGACAAGUUCCCCGGGCUCAAGAUCUACACGGCCAUGAUUGACGAGCAGGUGGACGAGCGCGGCUACAUCGUGCCCGGGCUGGGGGAUGCGGGCGACCGUGCGUACGGCACACCGCACAACCAUUAGUGGAUGGCAAGGUGGAUGGGUGCCGUAUUGUGUGGUAGAUGGGCCGAUGAUGGGCGGUCUAGGUGAGUGUAUGGGUGCAGGAGGUUGGGUGUAUGGGUGUAUGGGCGACGGAUGGUGUUGGGUCUAAAAGAAGGUACGGCGCCACGCGCAACUGCAUGGGUGUCGUGGGGGUUAACUCUCAACCAAUUCCGUAAGGAAACAGUCGCGCUGCAGCCGCAUAUGCGAGCUACUGUACAAUUGUACAUCACCAUAGGUUCUCGGGCGAGCUGCUGCGCGGUGGAGCGUGGUGCCUGCAUGGUUGGGGCUGCUGGUAGCUGUCUGGUGGCUGCGUGUGUGUGGUGGUGGGUGGUUUGGCAGCUUGGCAGCUAGGUGCGAGACUUGGUGGAGCUAGCAGCUACUUGGCCAGGUGGACGCGUGUGUGUGUGUGGAGUUGGUUGCAUGGGUGUGGAUGUGGGUGCGUGAGAGAGGAGGGCUUGAAGGGGAGGGGCGAAAGAAUCACAGAUUGGCGGAAGAGUGGGGUUGCUCCCUGAGUGCCAGCAGGCUCACAGACAGAGGUACCGUAUGAGGUGGACAGGCAGGCGAGGGGAAAAGGGCACACACACACACACACAGUCGCAGCCAGUUUGAUGUGGCUGGUUGUGGUGUGUUUGGUGUGGGUGGUGGCACAGGUGGGCGUGCUGCGGCGCCGGGUGCGGGGUGUGCGGGUGAGUGGGAUACGCACGCCCCGGUACGGUUACGGUACAAGGAUGCCCGCGGGGCAGGCGACGCUCAAUGCAAACGGGCACCAGCAGAGCUUCCUGUUGUUUUAUUCCACGCA